AUGCUGGGCCUCGCCGUGGUCGCCGGUGCCCUGCUGCUGCGCUUGGGCAGCGCCGCGCCGCCGCGGGCGCCCGCGCGGGGCGGUAUCAAACUGAGCAGCUGCCCCAAGGGCGGCUCGACCGCCGCGGCGCACGACGACAGCGAGGCGGGGAUCGAGACAUUUGCUGGAGACUAUGAAAUCACCACGUCCUACGGAAACGGCAGCACGCGCGGCGCGCAAGCCGGCGAGAACGGCCUCGACGGCGCUUUCCCCAGGAGGAACCUAGCGAGCACCGACGCUGCGACGAAGUCGUGGCUCCAGCUCUACAAAAACUUCGGGGCCGUCUACGCCGACGCGUUCGACUCCGAGACUAUACAUUGCGCGGCGACGACCGAGCGCGUCGCGAACAAGUACCAGGCUGGCGGGGGGCACGCGCUCCACGCCAUCGAGCAGCCUGUUUCUGGCACCACGAUGCAGUUCAUGGCCCCGGACGCGACCAAGGGCGGCGUCGACGUCUUGGACGUCGCGUCCGCCGAGCUGGCGCCUACGCCCGGCACCACGAUGCAGUUCAUGGCCCCGGACGCGACCAAGGGCGGCGUCGACGGAGAAGCAGCGGCCCAGAGCUACCUUGGGCGGACUUCCUGGUGCCUCUUCCAGGUACUCGCUUCGGUGGUUCCGCGGCGCAGCAGCUCGGCGAAGGGGGCGGCCUGGCGCUCGUCCGUCGUCUACCUGCUUAUUUGGGGGGACGCCACCCGCGUGGCGGCGGAGACUUCGGUCCGCGGCCGCAGCGGCCGCAGCGACGACAACACCAAGUCCAAAACCAUGAUCAAGAUUAAUAACCCUCCGCGCGCGCCGGCGGGAGGCCUCGCGCAGCGGCGCGCGCUCACGGGCUAUGUGAUGGACGACGAUAGCAUUAGAACGGCGGUGGCGGCUUGGUUUGACGACCAGUCCGCUGCCGAGGCGACGUACGGCCACAUUUCUACGUGGGAGACUGGGGGCGUGACGGACAUGAGUUGCCUUUUUGUUGCAACAUCAAAUUAUAAUUGCGAUUAUGUAUACAACGCGGCCGCGGCGUCCUUCGACGAGGACAUCGGCGCGUGGGACACCUCUGGCGUCACAUCGAUGGAAAACAUGUUCCGCUACGCCUCGGCCUUUAACCAGGACAUCGGCGCGUGGGACACCUCCGGCGUCACGACGAUGAAGUGGAUGUUCGCCUACGCCUCGGCCUUCGACCAGGACUUCGGCUGGUGCGUGAACGACGGCGUGGACCUGGACGACGCUUUCGACGGCACCUCGUGCGAGUCAACAUCGUGCGGCGUCUAUUACUCGGCUGCACUUCGAUGUGGAGGCACUCCAAUGACCGACGCCAGCAUCCGCACGGCCGUCGCUGCAUGGGACUCGGACGCGACGGCCGCCGAGGCGACGUAUGGCCACAUCUCGACGUGGGAGACAUCGGGGGUGACGGACAUGUCGGGGUUGUUUCUAUGGGAAUCGUCCUUCAACGAGGACAUCGGCGCGUGGGACACCUCUGGCGUUACGUCGAUGUAUUUGAUGUUCGACGGCGCCUCGGCCUUCGACCAGGACAUCAGUGGAUGGGCGGUCCAAAACGUCAGGAGCAUGAGCUGGAUGUUCAGCGGCGCCUCGGCCUUUAACCAGGACAUCGGCGACUGGCGGGUCGACAAGGUCACUUCAAUGGUAUUUAUGUUCGCAGGCGCCACGGCCUUCGACCAGGACCUCGGCUGGUGCGUAGGCGGCGACGUGGUAGACGACGACUCUGGUGACUUCGACCAGGCGUUCGACGACACCCUGUGCGAGUCGACGUCGUGCGGCGUCGCGCAAGUGGACGGGGGCUGUGCGCCGACAUUAGCGCCGACGUUAUCUUCCGCUCCGACUGCGACGCCUGCACCGACAGUCACGCCCCUGGUCGCGGACGACAGCACUGUUAGAACGGCCGUGAAACUCUGGUUCUCGGAUCGCGCCGCCGCCGAGGCGACGUACGGCCACAUCUCGACGUGGGAGACCGGAGGGGUGACGGACAUGUCGUAUUUGUUUUGCGUGCGGCAGGAUUGGAUGUAUGAUGACUGCAUCUUACAUGGCGGCGGGUGCUAUGAGGACUGCGUCUUAUCGACGUCGUCCUUCAACGAAGCCAUCGGCGCGUGGGAUACCUCUGGUGUCACGACGAUGGAUUGGAUGUUCUGGGGCCAAUCGACGUUGAACCAGGACAUCAGUGGUUGGGCGGUCGACAGCGUCACGGAUAUGAACGGGAUGUUUGCCGAAGCCUCCGCCUUUAACCAGGACAUCGGUGAUUGGGCGGUCCAAAGCGUCACGGAUAUGAGCGGGAUGUUCGCCGACGCCUUGGAGUUCGACCAGGACCUCGGCUGGUGCGUGGACGACAUAGUGGACCUGCGUGGCGUGUUCUCCGGAACCCUGUGCGCGUCGACGUCGUGCGGCGUCGGGAAACCGCAUGCACAGGGGUUUUGCUUUGGCUUCGCCAUGACCGACAGCACCAUCAGAACCGCCGUCGCAGCGUGGCUUGCGGGCGCGACGGCCGCCGAGGCGACGUACGGCCACAUUUCGACUUGGGAGACUUCAGGGGUGACGGACAUGUCGGAAUUGUUUUGCUCCGGCGGCUGGUGUGACUCCUACAACUCGGGGGCAGCGUCCUUCAACGAGGACAUUAGCUCGUGGGACACCUCUGGCGUGACAGAGAUGAACAGCAUGUUUGUCGAAGCCUCGUCCUUUAACCGAGACAUCGGUGGUUGGGCGGUCCACAGCGUCACGGAUAUGAGCGGGAUGUUCGGCGGCGCCUCGGCCUUCGACCAGGACAUCGGCGCGUGGGACACCUCCAGCGUCACAAGUUUGGACUACAUGUUCUACUACGCUUCGGCCUUCGACCAGGACCUCGGCGCGUGGGACACCUCCGGCGUCACUAACAUGGCCUCCAUGUUCUGGGAUGCCUCGUCUUUUAACCAAGACAUCGGCGCGUGGGACACCUCCCGCGUCACGUCGAUGUACCAGAUGUUCAGAGACGCCUCGGCCUUUAACCAGGACCUCGGCGCGUGGGACACCUCUGGCGUCACGUCGAUGCGCGAGAUGUUCUCCCACGCUUCGGCCUUUAACCAGGACCUCGGCGCGUGGAACACAUCCGGCGUCACGUCGAUGUAUGAGAUGUUCAGAGACGCCUCGGACUUCGACCAGGACCUCGGCUGGUGCCUGGACGACAGCGCGGACCUGAGCGCAGCGUACGCGAGCACCCAGUGCGAGUCGACGUCGUGCGGUGUCGUGCAGCGUCAAGAAGGUGUCUGCCCCAUGACCGAUAGCACCAUCAGAACGGCCGUCGCCGCGUGGUUCUCGGACAGCGCAGCUGUCGAGGCGAUGUACGGCCACAUCUCGGCGUGGGAGACUGGCGGGGUGACGGACAUGGCGUAUUUGUUUUGCGCAGCUCACGACGACGACAUGGCGGCGUGCCUCGCGUGCGUGAACAUGGAGUGCGAGGGCAACGAGCCGCACUCGGAGAUUUGUAGUGAUUGCUUCGGGGAGGACUGCGACGAGUGCAGCGACGCCGUCGGGGAGAGCGAGCUUGCAGCGUUCGUGAGCAGCGGCUGCGACUUCGACGACGGAUCGGACAUCGGUCGCUGGUUCCGGGACGAGGGCUGCGGGUCCCUGCGCGGCUGCUGUCCGACGGCCGCGGCGUCCUUCAACGACGACAUCGGCGCGUGGGAUACCUCUGGCGCCACGAGCAUGGGAGGGAUGUUCGCUGGAAACAUUGCCUUCGACCAGGACAUCGGUGGUUGGGCGGUUGACAGUGUCACGGAUAUGAGCUCGAUGUUCUACAACGCCACGGCCUUCGACCAGGACCUCGGCUGGUGCCUGGACGAUGACGUGAGCCUGAGCAGCGCGUUUGCCAACACCCAGUGCGAGUUGACGUCGUGUGGCGUCUUUUGGUGGGCUGCCGUAAGAUGCGGUGGCAGCGGCGGGGCCAUGGACGACAGCAGUAUCCGAACGGCAGUCGCAGCGUGGGUCUCGAACCCAACGUUCGCCGAAGCGACAUACGGCCACAUCUCGACGUGGGAGACAUCAGGGGUGACGGACAUGUCGUUUUUGUUUUGCGUGCGGCAGAGGUGGAUGGGCGAAGGAUCAUACCCUACACGUCAAGAAUAUUAUCUACCAGGGGACUCGUACGCAGGGGACGGCAUUUAUGGCUGCCCCGGACCGUUAGCGCAAUACCAUCCUUAUUGGUGGUGCUGUACUGGUAGCGACUGGUGCCACCCGGAUGUUUGUGGUUUAUGGUAUUGUGCGGGAUGGGACGACUGCGUCUUAUCGACGGAUUCCUUCAACGAGGACAUCGGCGCGUGGGAUACUUCCGGCGUCACGACCAUGGAGUCGAUGUUCUACUAUGCUUCGACCUUUAACAGAGACAUCGGCGCUUGGGACACCUCCGGCAUCACUAAUAUGUACAGGAUGUUCACCGGCGCCUCGUCCUUCAACAAGGACCUCGGUGAUUGGGCAGUUGACAGCGUCACAAGCAUGUACGGGAUGUUCGCAGCCUCGUCUUUUAACCAGGACAUCGGUGGUUGGGCGAUCCAGAGCGUCACGAGCAUGGAAUACAUGUUCUGGAGCGCCUCGGCCUUCAACCAGGACCUCGGCUGGUGCGUGGACGACGACGUGAACAUGGACUCGGCAUUCAGCAACAAUAUCCAGGUCGAGGGUCUUUGCUUCCCCGAAUACCUGGUCCCCUGUGGCAUCGUCGGAGCCGCCCCCCUGUGUAAUUCGAUGUCGUGCGGCGUCGUGCUGGGAGGAGCUAGCACCUGCGCCCCGACAGCAGUGCCGACUUCGCAACCGAGCACGUCGAGCCCGACCUUUGUGCCGUCGCCACAACCGUCCACGGCGGUGCCGACGCCACAGCCGACGACGUCGCAGCCAUCGACGGCCGCCCCAUCGGGCGCUCCGACGUCUGAACCGACGGUUGCUCCGGUUCCGGCGCCGUCUCCCGCGCCGAGUCCACUCCCGACGACGUCGCAGCCAUCGACGGCCGCCCCAUCGGGCGUUCCGACGUCGCCGCCGUCGGUUGUUCCAGUUCCGGCGCCGUCUCCCGCGCCAAGUCCGCGCCCGACUUUAGUACCGUCGCCCUCGCCGACGGGAAGCCCUGCGCCCACGAUGAGCUUGCCACCAACAGAGGCACCGACGACCGCACAACCGAGCCCCACGCCGUCGACCGCGCCGACGCCGCGCCCGACGCCAGCGCCGACGACGCCUGACCCUUCGCUGGCGCCGACGCCGGCGCCGACACCCGCUCAAACAUUAGUCAAGAUCGCCUCGUCGGUGACGCUUGAAGGUAUUGUCGCGACUGAAUUUAAUGCCGAUGAAGGCAUGAAGGCGGCCUUCGCGCAGUCGAUUCUGGACCGCUCUAAUGGAGCGUUCGACGAGGUAAUUGAUAUCGAGGCUGCCGGGGGUCGGAGGCGCCUCGACGAAGGUUCGGGCGUUGGCAUCUCGUACACUGGCGUCGCGCGCGUCGACGACGUCGAGGACGCAAACUCUGUUGCUGCAGAUGUGCUGAGCCAGGCUACGGCAGCGCUGACGACUGCGGUCGCCGACGGAAGCUUUCUGGCGACGCUUCAGACGAAGGCUGCGGAAGAGUCUGCCGAGGCCGCCGCGGCAUUCUCCGCCGUGGUCGUCGACGUAGCGGCGACGCAAACGGCUAUUGCGGAUGCCGUUCUCGAAGUGAUCGUGACAACGCCAGGCCCUACCGCGUCUCCGACAAGGCCGCAGCCGACCGCGGGUCCGACAACAACGCCCGGGGGUUCCGCCGGCGAUGGCAAGGACGGCGGCGGCGUCAUCAUUAUCAUCGUCGUCGCCGUCGUUGUCUUGCUCGCUCUUGCUGGCGUCGGAGCGUACCUAUACUGGAAGAAGAAGAAAAAGGGUACGGGAGGCACGAAGGUCGCACCCGCAACGAAGCCAUCGUCGUCCGCCAAGGCCGCAGUGGCCGUCGGCGCCGCGGCCGGCACCGAGGUGCCCGGCACUCCUGUGCGGUGA